CUGAUUGCUGUUUAUGAUGAACAAGAAACUCACCGUAAGACUGAUGGCACCAAUGGCAAUUUGACAGACAGAAAUAGCCCAGACUCUUUUGAGACGGAGGUGGCGGCUCAGCUGGCUGCCUUUCAGCCGAUUGGUGGCGAGAUUGAAGUGACUCCUUCUGCCCUAAAACUGGGCACACCACUUCUAGUACGAAGGAGCAGUGAUCCAGCCUUGGGCCCACCUGCUGACUUUCACCCAAGUGCUUCUCAUCCCAGUGACCACAGCCUCAAGCAUGGUUUGGCAGGUGCUUCCCAGAUAUCCUUUCAGGAUGGGGAGGUGAACCUUACUGGACCCACAGAACCUUUGUUAGCCCAGAGAGCCCGGCUCCCUCUCAGUGAAAUGACAAAAACAGUGGAGAUUUCUGGGGAAGGUGGACCCUUGGGAAUACAUGUAGUGCCCUUUUUUUCAUCUUUGAGUGGAAGGAUGCUGGGACUCUUUAUCCGUGGUGUUGAAGAAAAUAGUAGAUCUAGGCGUGAUGGGCUUUUCCAUGAAAAUGAAUGCAUUGUGAAGAUCAACCAUGUGGACCUUACAGAUAAAACCUUUGCACAGGCUCAGGACAUCUUCCGUCAGGCAAUGAAAUUUCAAAGUGUCAUCUUGGAAGUCCUUCCUCCGUAUAAUCGAGAACAGUAUGAGAAGUCUGCUAUCGCUCCCCUUUGUUUUCUGGAUAAUGAAGAAGGAGUUCCAAAAACAAAGAUUCCACCUCCUGUUCAUCCAAAACCUGCUCUGAAGAUGAUUAAUCUUUCUGGAGCAAGCAGCUUGGAGACAGGUGUACAGGCAACACUACAGCAAGCUAAGAGCCCAAACCUCCCACGUCUGGGUAGAAAGUCGUCUUCUCCCUCACUGUCUCCCCUUAUGGGCUUUGGCAAUAAAAAAAAUGCAAAGAAAAUAAAGAUAGACCUGAAAAAAGGUCCAGAAGGGCUUGGUUUCACUGUCGUUACCAGGGACUCCUCAGUACAUGGUCCUGGUCCGAUUUUUGUGAAGAAUAUUUUACCAAAAGGUGCAGCAGUAAAAGAUGGUCGUUUGCAGUCAGGAGACAGAAUCCUGGAGGUGAAUGGACGGGACAUCACUGGCAGGACCCAGGAAGAGCUUGUAGCUAUGCUGAGGAGCACAAAGCAAGGGGAAACUGUCUGUCUGAUUGUGGCUCGUCAGGAGGAGGCCUUUCUACCUCGAGAGCUGAAAGGAGAGCCAAACUGCAAUAUUCUUUCUCCAGAAACCACAGAGCAGCUGACCUUUGAGAUUCCUCUGAAUGAUUCUGGGUCUGCUGGACUUGGUGUGAGCUUGAAAGGCAACAAAUCUCGGGACACUGGAGCUGAUCUUGGGAUUUUCAUCAAAUCUGUUAUUCACGGAGGUGCUGCUUUUAAGGAUGGUCGUUUGCGAGUAAAUGAUCAGCUUGUUGCAGUAAAUGGGGAGUCUCUUCUGGGCAAGUCAAAUCAUGAGGCUAUGGAAACACUGAGGCGCUCCAUGUCCAUGGAGGGGAACAUUCGUGGGAGGAUCCAGCUGGUAGUUGUCCGGAGACUGGAGGUGCAGACAGAGGAACGCUCAGACCAGGGAGUCUUUCAAAAAUCAGCCUUUGAUGGGAGUCAUAACUUCGCAGCUGCUUCCCGACGCAGUGAUGCUAUUCUUCAGCAUUGUGUAACAUGCAGUCCUCAGGAAAGAAUAAAAGAGUUGCCAGUGUCUGAUCGUGGCAGUGGUGAAAAUGACACCCCUCCACCUCUCCCACCACAUCCCAGUGAGGAUCUGCUGAAUGAGGAUUAUAAUCAUAGUCCUAUCAUAAAUUCAGCAGUGCAUUUCACAGAUCAGCACAUCAACUUCAGAUCUUUGACACCAGCCAAGCAGUCUGAAUCAAUUAAUCUGAAAGCCUCAAAAAGCAUGGAUCUGGUGGCAGAUGAAAGCAAAGUUGGUUUGUUGGCCGGACACAAAUCGGACUCUUCUGGCAAAGAUUUUGGUCCUACUCUGGGAUUGAAGAAAUCCAGUUCCCUUGAGAGUCUUCAGACUGCUGUGGCCGAAGUUAGGAAGAACGAACUCCCUUUUCACAGACCCAGGCCUCACGUGGUCCGUGGUCGAGGGUGUAAUGAGAGUUUCCGAGCUGCCAUUGACAAGUCGUAUGAUGGACCUGAAGAUGGAGAAGAGGAUGGUUUGUCUGAUAAGAGCUCUCACUCUGGUCAAGAAGCUCAGAACAUGGAAUCUGUCCCUCCAGGGAACCCUGAAAUAGAAGAUGCAGAAGCCAAAGCAAAAAAAGACAAAAAAAAUAAAGAGAAGAAAAAGGAAAAGGGCAAAUCUAAAAUCAAAGAGAAGAAAAGGAAGGAACUUCAGCCAUUGCCUGCAGUGGUCAAAAGCUCACCAUCCUCCCUGUCCAGCAUGCAAGUGUUUGGAUUUCUUCUGUGGCUUGGUUGGUUUCUGGAAUCAUCGGAGAUUAGACAAAGUUCUUCAGGCCAUUCCCCUGCUAUUGCUGGAGCCUUUGGUGCUGCAGGCAUUCUGGUUGCUAUCAACCGUGCCUCUG